UAUAUAUUUUAGGUUAGGUUAUAUUGUCAAAUAGUGUGAAAUACAGUUUUAAAUUUAAUUAAUAGAAAAUCUUUUAAUGAGAAUAAAUUGAAUUAAAAACGAAUACGAUAAUAAACAUCAUACUCGAAGAAAAAUAAUAAAUGUAAAUUAAUUUUAUUAAAUUGAAAUGAAAUGUAUUUGAAUGAAAUAAAAAUGAUGACUGCUGAUGUAAACAUAAUAUAUGUAUAAUUAUAUUAAAAUAGAUAAACAUAUAAAGAAAUAAACGAAACUGGCAACAAAAACCAGUAAAAGAAUCGAAUCAUUCAAUUACUAUGGAUGAUUUAGCGCGAAAACUAAUUUCUGGAACAUACGAAGAAUUUUCUAAAGAUACUCUUCAAAUAUUUAUCAAAAAUGACGCAAAGGUUAAGAAAUAAAAGUAUGAGGACAAAACUAAAAUUGAAAGAAUAUGUAAUAGUCAAUUAAGAGAACAAAUCUGGGAGAAAUUAUAUCAAUAUCUAUCUAAAUCUGAGUACGCAUCUAUGCAUCUUAAUUGUUUAGCUGCAUUACGUAUACUUAGCCGAGACAAAACUGAUUUAGAUAAAAUUGUUACUGCAGAGAUGGUAACGUUAUUAUUACGAUUAGCAGAACUUGACUGUAAGAAAAAUGAACAACAGAUCCCAUCUACGAAUGUUUCCGUAGAAUCUGCGAAAGUACUAUGUAACUUAUUAUAUCAUAGUUUUAAAGUGCGAGAAUUAGUAAGAGAAAAAAAUUGUUUAGAAAAUCUGAUUAAUCGCAUUAAUAAAUAUACUGCCAAUUCGUCCUAUGAGAUGAAAUUGUUUGACAUUAAAAUGUUAUUUAUAAUUACUGCGUUAAAUACAACUACAAGAAAUACUGUGAAAGAAUUAAAUGGAGAUUCAUAUUUACUUAAUAUAUUAGAUGAAUUAUUGGAACAACAUAAAUCUAAUGUAUCUAUGUCAUUUUCUAUCAAGAAUGAUGAUGUAAUGUUAAUUUGUGAUAUUUUAAAAGUUUUAUUUAACUUAUAUAUACAUUCUGAGGACACUGUGAUAGAAGAACAAGAAAAAAAUCAAAAAUUAACAACAUGUUUAUAUAAAUUUUUAUAUAAUAAAAAUUGGUCGCAGUAUAACGAUCUCGUAAGCAAUGUUAUAAAUUUAUUAACUACUGUACCACUGAACAAUUAUAUACAAAUGAUGCAGUCCAACGAAAACAAUGAAAACAAUACUAUAUAUCAGAAUACUGAUGUUACAACGGUAUCUAUUAUAUUGGAAUUUUUAGAUCAGAGAUUAAAUUAUACAGAAAAUCUAUUAGAAAAUAUCUCUCCAGUCGUCACUGUUCUUAUUAGGCUCAUAAAAGCAGACAAAUCUAUUCGAAAAUAUAUAAGAUUACAGGUUUUACCACCAUUGAAAGAUGUAAUGAAACGUCCAGAAGAGGGAACAACUUUAAAAGCAAAAUUAUGUAAACUUUUAACUUCUCCAAUUACCAAGUUGCGAGAUAUCGUUGCUGAAUUUCUCUUUAUACUUUGCAAGGAAAAUGUUAGCCGUAUGGUAAAAUACACUGGAUAUGGGAAUGCAGCAGGGAUGUUUGCAAAUAAGGGAUUAUUAGGUCGUAAUCAAGAAAAGAUAUCAUAUUCUGAAUCAGAAGAUAGCGAUACCGAAGAAUAUUUAAAAUAUAAAGAGCAAAUAAAUCCAGUAACUGGUUGUUAUGAAAAGAUCAAACCAAAUCUUUUAGAAGGUAUGACUGAAGAACAAAAGGAAUAUGAAGCAUUACAACUUGUUAAUCUUGUAGAUCAAUUAACGAGAGGAGGCGUAGUACGACCUUGUAGAAUUGGAGACGACGGUAAACCAAAACCAAUAGAACAUGUUUUAGAACUACAAGAUGAGUUACAAAAACAACAAUACAGGCGGGAGUCAGAUUCUGAUUAAUUAUUUAUAACUGGUAGAGAUUAAGUGUAAUUAUUAUAAAUUAUGUAUAUUACUUAUGUAAUACGUAGGAAUUUAAUAAAUGUUUAAAACAAAUCUUAAUUCAGCUUAAUAAACACGAGCACGAAGUUAAUACUUAUUUGUAAUAUUUUCUAUAUGAAAUUUUAAGAAAAAUCUAAUUGAUCAAUUACAUCUGCAAAGAUAUAAUGAAAAUAUCAGUUUGGUCAGUUUACUUACUUUAUUGAAAAAGAACAAAGAACAACGUUACAAAUUAAACAAUUGGCAGGAAAUAAAAGAUAUAACAUUUUCCAAAAUCACAUGAAAUAUUUAAACAUUACAAUUUUGGUAAAUUGUGUUAUGUGCUUUGUGAGCAUCACAAUAUAUUAUUAUUGCAUUGCAGCCUAUGCGCAGAUAAGAAUGUAUGUUUCUCUACAUGUUUUUUUUUUUUAUUUUUUUUUUUUUAAAGAACUGCAUAGUAAUAUCGUUUGAGAAUAUCUUAAUAUAGGAUAGCACGUAUAAAUUGACAGGUAAUGGCAAAUUGAGCUGAUAUGAUGAGAAACAAUGUAUGAUUAACAGAGAACAUU